AGUCUUAGUUAUGUUAUUCUCCCGGGGCCAUUUCUUAACGGAAUGAAUAUCUGCUGUUUUAUGCUGUCUGCCUGGCCUAAAGCUGAUAAUUCCACUAAUACCCCCUGCUAGUUCUUACAGCGAGGGCUGACUUAACAUCCCACCAUCUCCAUCCCGAACCUCAAACUUUUCACCUAUGAGGAUAGUUUUUCUAUUUACUUGAUAUACCGAGGGAGAAAUGAUCGCCUCCUUCAAGGCCUAGACUGUUGAUCCCAAAGCCGUAGGGCGUUUUCAAUUUUAGCCCCCAAUACAAAAUUUAUAGGGUCAUAGCUUUUGCUCAGAUAGGUAUUGGUGAUAUUGGACAGGUCAUUGUUAAGUUACAAAUUCCGAGUUUCUCUGUAAACACGUUUUAACCAAUCAUUUACGCGUAUUCCAUACCAUCACAAACACGGUAUCAAGAUGUAUAAGUUACCCGUCAAAACAUCCUACGAAUCCAAUGAUAUCCCCAUCCCGGAUGACUUCCUAAAGUCGGAGCCGCACGAUGCGCAGCCAAUCACUUUCAAAAAGAUAGACUUCGCCGAUACCGUGCUGACGGAGUAUAAGGGUCUGUACGCUGUGGUGCUAGAACAUGUUCUCAGCCCGUCUGAAUGCGCAAAGCUCAUCGAGCUGGCCGAAGCCAGUGUGUCUCCCAAGAAUAAAAACAAGAUAAACGGGUCUCCCUGGGCACCUGCGCUCGUCAAUGUUGGCGACGGAUACGAGACUGAGGUGUUAGAGUAUCGCAACAGCGAUCGCAUCAUCUGGGACCAGCAGGACAUCGUCAACCGUCUCUGGGCACGUCUAGAGCAAGUCCCGGAGAUCAAAGACACGCUUCUGACAUCCGAGCUGCCGAAGGGAACGGUGUGGGAUUUCCAGCGCCUCAACAAGCGCAUGCGCUUUCUGAAGUACGGCCAGGGCCAGUUUUUCAGGCCGCAUUGCGACUCUCCUUACGGCGAGACCGGAGAAGAUGGGAAGUCGGUGCGCACGCAUCAUACCUUACACCUAUACCUGAACGACUCGAAGCAGGAGGUUGGAGACGCGGCUGAUCUAGUUGGCGGUGCGACGUCUUUUCUAUCGUCUAACGGAAAGCGGAAAGUUGAUGUCAACCCUAAAGCUGGUCGGGUCCUGAUCUUUCAGCACCGGAGGCUGUAUCAUGCGGGGGAUGAUGUCUUGGAUGGGAUCAAGUACACGAUGAGGACGGAUAUCAUGUAUUCUAUUCGGGAUGCGGCGAUUGUGAAUAGUAGUUAAGACCCUGUCACAUCCUCCACUUACUCCCGAGAUGUUGUGUCUAUAGUCAAUGACAAUCGAUACUUGAGAAUUUAUUAUAUUCCAUCUAGUCGGAUAUCUCUCUAUUUAAUUUAUCUCGAUGUCUACAUUGCUAGGGCAUUAGCUAGUGCUAGAGCGUUCAGAUGAUGAUAACUUACGCAAUAGUCGUGAAUAAAAAAAGUGUUGGUUUUAUCUUCUCAAACUUGUCAUCCGAGUGCUGUCCGACGGUUUUCGUUCCCCAAUGAUUAAAUUCGAGAAUGACAUAGUAAAAAAAAAAACCAAAAA